AUGCAUAUCCUUUUGUUCUCUGCCCCCAUUUUUGCCUUCUUCGGAAGUGUAUACGGCGCCGGAAGUGCCGUCAAAGGCACAGGCUCUACCACUCGUCAAUGGUCUUGCUGCAAGAACUCCUGCUCCUGGCCCGGGAAGGCUCUUGUCAACAAGCCCGUUUUGACGUGCGAUGCGAGCGACAACCUUCUCGAUAAUUAUAACAGGCGUGAUGGCUGUGAAAGCGGUGGUGGCUCGUAUGCCUGCUCGGAUCUCAGCCCUUUCGCUGUGAGUAACGACUUGGCAUAUGGCUUCGCCGCGGUAAACCUUGCGGCUUCGAACGAGUCCGCGUGGUGUUGCUCUUGCUACUCCCUGACAUUCACUUCCGGCCCGGUCAAUGGGAAGAAAAUGGUCGUUCAAGUUACGAACACGGGAUCCGAUCUAGGGGAAGACCAGUUCAACAUUGCUAUUCCCGGUGGCGGCGAAGGUUCCAUCCAAGGAUGUACAAAGCAAUACGGUGGCCAGGACGUCUGGGGUCAAGACUUUGGUGGCGUAGCGCAUCGCGAUGACUGCGAUGCCCUUCCGGAUGCUCUACAAGCCGGUUGUUAUUGGCGCUUCGACUGGUUCCGGGCAGCUGACAACCCGUCCGUUAAUUGGGAGAAGGUGACCUGCCCUGAGGCUUUGUCUUCUACGUCUGGCUGCCGCCGUGUCGAUGAUCCAAUUCCGGGGCAGAAUACUCCAUCGCCGACACCUACAACCUCUGCUCCGAUAUCUUCAGGCACCGUACAACCUGGAGGCCAAUGUGGCGGAAAGACUUAUAAAGGUCCUACUCGAUGCGUGGGAGGUACUGUCUGUACCUACGUCGAUGAGAACUCGUACUAUUGCCUUGCAGAUCCAGCUAGCACACGGACAACACCAACGACUACAACGUCGCCUAGUGCCGCGCCGACAAUUGGUCUACCGUAUGAUCGAUGCGGAGGAAACGGCUGGACUGGCCCUACGAGGUGCAAGGAUUCUGUGUGCGUAAGAAUAGAUGAAUCUUUCAGGGUACUCGCAAUGCCAACCUUUAGUUCCAUCUCAGAAACCCUCAAGCUCGCAACCUCAGACUACGGCUAG